CUCCGACUUCAUCUGGGGAAGGAAAACCAACUUAUGCUAUAACACUAUACUUUAGGUUGACUUGCACAAUAUAAACUAUUCACGUCAACAGAAAACUAUCCCACACGCAAGAGAAUCAACUUUAAUUUUUUAAUUUUCUUAAGUGAAAUCAUUGACUUGGUCACUGAUCAUGACACUCCUUAAAUUCCUACAUAUAUUAGUGCAUCAACUCUUAUUCCACAUGCAACAACACUCAAGUCAACAGAAAACUGCAGAAAGAAACCAAAUUGUUGUAGAAUAAUUAAAGACACCUCAAUCACCCAAGACCUGGUUGACCACAAUGACAUUUUUGGACCAAACUAUUAACGAAGGGAAUUGUGUUCAAUUUCACAUAAUUUAAAGACCCUUUUCUGUAUACUUAAGUACUAUUUAAAGGCAACUUAUUUUGCAGUUUCAUUAGUAUAAUCACUAUGAAAAUAUUACUCCUCCUUCAGGUUUCUUUCAUCACUAUCCUUGUGGUGUUUUCUAACUUUACUUCUGGCCAAUGUUUGGAGGAUCAAAAAGCCUUGUUGAUUAAAUUCAAGAAUGACCUCACGUUCGACUCUUCUGUGUCCACCAAACUAGUCAUGUGGGAUGAAAACAGUAUUGACUGUUGCCAGUGGUCAGGUGUAAGUUGUGAUGAGGAAGGUCAUGUGCUUGCUCUGGAGUUGGACGACGAAGCCAUUUCUGGCGGAAUUGAGAAGUCAAGCAGUCUCUUCCAUCUUCGAUAUCUUGAGAAGCUCAAUCUGGCUUAUAAUGGCCUAUACCCUGUUCCAAUACCAAGAGAAAUUUAUAAGCUGGCAAACUUGAUGUACCUGAAUUUGUCUCAUGCUAGUUUUAACGGGCAGAUUCCUAUGGAAUUGUCAAGAUUGAUCAAGUUAGAGAUUCUUGACCUUUCUGGAGGGGAAUUAAAGCUUGAGAGGCCAGAUCUGAAAACACUGGUAGGGAAUCUUGCAAAUCUUAGAGAACUUUACCUUGAUAGGGUGAAUAUUUCAUUGAAGGGGAGUGAGUGGUGCUCGGCGUUAUCUUCAUCUCUGCCUCAAUUGAGAGUCUUGUCGAUGAGAGACUAUUUUACAAAAUUGACAAUCCUAAGUGUCAGAUGGUGUUACUUGUUUGGUCCAUUUCCCAGUAAAAUCUUUCAGGUACCAACUCUACAGCAACUUGAUUUAUCUGGAAAUGAAAACCUUACAGGCAAUUUACCUGAAUUUCCACAUAAAAGUGCAUUAAGGGAGGUAGUGCUUAGCUACACGGGAUUCACCGGUUCGCUUCCAGAUUCAAUUGCUAACCUUCGGAACUUGACCCAGCUUGAUUUAGGAAGUUGCAACUUCAGUGGAGAAAUUCCAUCAAAAAUGGGAAAUCUCACAGAACUAGUUCAUCUAGACUUGUCAUUCAACAGUUUUACUGGCUCUAUCCCACUCUUUCACAAGGCAAAAAAGCUCAAUCGCAUUGACCUUUCUAAUAACAAUGGUCCACUAUCUUCUGCUCAAACUCAAUUAGCACUUCUUCUUUCGCUGCCAUCAUUGCAGUUCCUUAGUGUUCAGAACAGUCAAUUAAGUGGAGAAAUCCAUGAAUUUCCUAAUGCAUCCUCCUCUGUUCUAGAAACACUUGAUUUGAGAAAUAACCAUCUAAGUGGAUCGAUCCCCCGGUCAAUCUUUAAACUCAAUAGGCUUUCACAACUCUUCCUUUUCUCCAACUCCUUCAGUGGAACCAUUGUUAUCGAAGCGGUAAAGGGACUUCCUAGGCUUACCACCCUUGACCUUUCAAACAACAAAAUUGAAGGGGAAAUACCAAGUUGGGUUUGGACAGUUGGGAAUCUGAAUCUUUCUCACAAUCUUUUAGAGUCUCUAGAAAAACCUCACAAUUUGUCUACUACUUCUAUUGUCAUUGAUUUGAGUUCCAAUAAGAUCAAGGGCGAUAUACCCAUUCUACCUACUUCUCUUACCUACUUUUCAAUUGCCAAUAAUGAAUUUACGGGAUCAAUACACUCUUCCAUAUACAGUCUAGAUAAGCUUCAAAUUCUUGAUAUGUCAAAUAACAAACUAAGUGGCAUUAUUCCUGACAUAUUUCCACUGAAUUGGAAUUUGAAAACUUUAAACCUCAGCAGUAAUAUAUUAGAAGGAAAAGUUCCAAGCUCUCUGGAAAAAUGCUCAUUUCUGGAGGUUUUAGACAUUGGAAACAACAAGAUAAGAGAUACGUUUCCGUGCAUGUUGAAUAAAUUAGCCAAUUUGCGUGUCCUAGUCAUAAGAUCAAACAAGUUCUACGGGAAUCUCCAGUGUCUUAGAGCUGAACAAACCUGGCCAAUGAUUCAUAUUAUAGAUAUUGCUUCAAACAAUUUUCACAAGGAGAUACCUGAGACAUUGGGAAAUCUCAUAUUACUAAUCCAUCUUAACUUCUCACACAACGCUUUGACUGGAAGAAUACCAAAUGCCAUUGGAAAGCUGACUCUGCUUGAAUCUUUAGAUUUGUCAGUAAACCAGUUAAGUGGGAGAAUUCCAGACGAGCUCGCGAGUCUCACAUUCCUUGCUUUCUUGAACCUAUCUUUUAAUCAACUUUCCGGUAGGAUUCCAAGAGGCAACCAACUUCAGACAUUCUCAGCAGAAUCCUUUGAAGGGAACACAAGGCUGUGCGAUUUUCCUUUAAAGAAAACGUGCAGUGACACCAAAGAGACUGAACGUGAAAUUGAUGGGAAAUAUAUAAGUUUUGCCUUGGGAUCUUCUGUGGGUUUUGGCAUCAUAACCUGGCUGAUUUUGCAUAGCCGAAUAUUUAAUGAGCUCGUUGAUAGACUUCUUUUCAGAAUUUUGGGUCAGCACAAAAGGAGUGGCAGGAAUAAAAACCAGAGAAGGUCAAGGUAAGUAGAGGUUUGUUGUAGAACAAAAGGCUAGUAAUAUUGUUGAUAUAUGACUAUAAGCUUUUAAGUUCAAUGUUUUACAUUUUGUUCUAUAAGCGUGUGGUAAUUAGUGUUCGGAUAUGUUAUUUUGGUUUUCUAAGACAACUGUUUAGAAAGAACAGUGAAUAUAUAACACUAGUUGAAUAUUUUUCUGUUCAAUAAAUUAAGUGGCAAAGCAACCUGGAUUGAAAGCACAGGGUAUACAUGAAUUAGUAGCUCCUCUAAUCAAAAUCACUGAGAAUUUUUGUUAUUUUACGACUAUUCAGGUAU